GACUGUCCUUGAUAAAUAAGCACAUAAUGUCAUAUCCAGUAUAAUCUCUCUGCUUAUGAUGGCAAUUCAGUGUAAGUGCAGAGUAAUGAAAAGAUCUGCAGGCUCCUCCCUGUGAACUUUGGAAAGCUUUUGGGUUUUCUUUCAUCUUUCUGACUGCUGAACUCUUAGACUUUCCCUCCUUCUCAUCUCAGCCAGAGACGGAGCAUCAUAGAACUGCCAUUAGCUAGUAGGCUCUGCCGUGCAGAUGGCGUUCCUUUAGCUAAGUUCACUCCCCAGACUGGGACUGUUGGAGCUUUGGACUACUGGGAGGAGGAGAUUUUCAUGCCUGGGGUGGCACAAGAACCUAAGUGGGAUAUGUUGGGUGCCUGGAUCUCACUGUUUCCCCUCCUGUUAGGGGCGAGGGCAUUCAUGAUCCACAACACCCAGUGCAGCCUUUGUCUGGAGGAUUCGGCAGCUACAGGUGAAGUCCUGCUGAAGAAGUGCAACCUGGACUCAGAGUCUCAGCAGUGGAUCUGGAUCGAUCAUGGCAUGCUGAUGUGUGUCACAUCAUCCAGAUGUUUGUCUGCCCUGCAGAGAGAGCCAGUCCAGACCCGGGCCUGCCAGGGGCCUGAAGUGAACGAUGCAGCGUUAGUGUGGGACUGUGACAGGGACAGACUUAUCAGCAGGAACACGUCACUGCUGCUGUCAAUAAAUGGCCAGCGUGUCAUUCUCACACAUGACAGCAAACACUCAAAGUGGAGAUCUCUGGAUGAGGGGGACAUCUGCCAGGAAAAACUCAGAUCCAGAAGGGCGUCUGAUGACCCAGAAGAAUUUGAGGCUGCAGAGGAGCAGACUGGCGAGCUGAGGACCAUGACGGAGGAAGAGAGAGAGUACCUCCGCUGGUACUAUCGCACAGAGGACCCGACCACAUGGAAGUUUGUGCUGCUGGGACUGGCCUUCGUCUGUCUUCUUAUUGGUUUUCUGCUGCUGGGAAUGGGAGCCAUGGCCAGCAAGAACAGAAAAAAGAUUGCUAAGUACAAAGCAGCAGCUGCUAGGGCUCAGAAGAGCGAAGGUGAGGAGAUGUUGGUCGUUUCACCACACAGAGACGACAGCAGCCGCAAAUCAUCACUGUUACGUGACAUGCUGCUGCACGGAAACUUACCCUCCUCAUCCAAUGGGGAAGUGAGCGAGCUCAAAGCAGGAAACAUCGUGCUCACAUGGAAAGAUGGCAACACCUCCAACCUGUACUCAGAUCCUGCAGCAGAGGAGGAGAAACGGGAGGAGGUGUCAGCUGCUGAGCUGGAGGCUGAUGAGGCAGUGAAGACGAUGGAGUGACAAAUUACAAGAUUAUGUUAUAUAUAUAUAAUUAUAUUAAGUGUGAAUAAUCUCGGCCUGUGACACAGUGCUUCACCCAAAGGAUGUACAACUUUGAUGGACUGCUAAUACUAUGAAGUUACAAAGCAUUACAUCCAAGUUCCAACAGAUCAAUCAUUGAGAACUUAACGGCCCAUUCGCUAAAAUUAAAAACAAUCCAUUAGUUUGGGGCACAAUGUUAACAGAAUAAUGUAUGUGUAACAGUGAUUUAUGACAUGAGGAUGGGUAGUUUAUUACUUUGGCUGAAAAUAAAAUACUUCUUCUUCUACAUGA